UAACACCAUCCAAACACAAAAAUUCUAAUAGCAAUAUUUAAGUAAGAUUAUAAGAAUGUCAUCUCGUGUGCUCAAGAAACUCAUCGCCAUGCUUGAGGCUGAAGAAGCCGAAGCUGCGAAAUCCAACAACCAUGGUACUGCUGACGCAUUUAACAACCAUGGCGGCGGGAACCAAAAUUUCUCCGGUGCCAAAAUCAACAGCGGUUCAAAUUCUGGGGACCGAGAGAAACACCGCACCACCAACAAUCAUGGCGAGCGUACCGUAAAUAACAGUGGUACUUUCCAUGGUAAUGGCAAUGGAGGGUACACUGAGGGUAACUUUGACGCAUCCACAACGAACUUUAACAAAUAGUUAUAAAGUAUUUGUGAUGAUAAAAAUGGUAUAUGCAAGUAAUAAUGAAGUUGAAGAUAUAUAUAUUUUCGAUGGUUUAUGGUUGUAUGUUGCUCUAUAGGAAAUUAUAAAUAAACGCACUAGUGUGCUAUGAUAAAUCUUCUUAUGUUUGAUUAUAUAUAGUUACUAUACAGGUUAUAAUAAACGAUAAUUUAUCUUUA